AUGAGUAGUGGAAGCAGUAUCAGCGCAGGAGCAGGAUCAGGAGGAGGAAGCGGAGCUGGCAGUGGAGGAGGAGGAGCAGGAGGGCCUUGCGGGGCCUGCAAGUUUCUGCGGCGUAAGUGCGUGACAGGAUGCAUCUUCGCUCCCUAUUUUGACUCGGAGCAGGGCGCGGCGCACUUCGCGGCGGUUCACAAGGUUUUCGGUGCCAGCAACAUCUCCAAGUUGCUUCUCCACAUCCCCGCUCACAAGCAUCUUGACGCCGUCGUCACCAUCUGCUUCGAGGCACAGGCUCGCCUCCAUGAUCCCGUUUACGGCUGCGUCGCUCACAUCUUCGCCCUCCAACAACAGAUCGACACAUGUCGUGGAGGCGGACCACGUCCUAGUGACCUGAACACCCAUCUCCUCUCGACGUCUCCUCCGCCUCUGUGCUUUCAAUGA